GGAGGUGAUUGCAGCUCCGUGCGCGCGCCCGCACGCUCCAUCGUCACAACACACACCGGAAAACAGCUGAUGUCAUUGAGAGAACGACACACUGCCACCGAUAACCGGGAAUAUACACACUUAUCGCGUAACCCUAUAGCAUCACGCUCCCCUUGUCUAUCUCUGGCUGGUCUCUCUGCCCCCCUCUGACCUGGGGAUGAAUGCACCAAUGAGGAGCCAGCUCACAGGUAUGCCUGAUCGCAUGUUAUGUGCAGUGCUGGAGCAAUUUCAGCUUUACUUUUCCCUUUGAUCCACUCUCUGUAUAGUACAGCCAGCCCCAGCAUGCUGAAGAGGAAGCAGAGCUCGAGGGUUGAGGCCCAGCCCAUGACUGACUUUGGGCCCGACGAAACCCUCGCCGACAGCGCCGACAUCUUCUGGAUCAACAAACCAUGGGUGCACUCUCUGCUGCGAGCCUGCGCCAUCAUCAGCGUCAUCAGCGUGUGUAUGAACACACCCAAGACGUUCGAGCACUACCCCCCGCUGCAGUACGUGACCUUUACCCUGGACACGCUGCUCAUGUUCCUCUACACCGCUGAGAUGAUCGCCAAGAUGCACAUCAGAGGAAUCAUCAAGGGUGAUAACUCGUACGUCAAGGAUCGCUGGUGUAUGUUUGACGGCUUCAUGGUCUUCUUCCUCUGGGUGUCUCUGGUGCUUCAGGUGUUUGAGAUAGCGGAUGUUGUUGACCAGAUGUCUCCCUGGGGCAUGUUGAGAAUCCCCAGAGCCCUCAUCAUGAUCCGAGCCUUCAGGAUCUACUUCCGCUUCGAGCUGCCACGCUCACGCAUCACCAACAUCCUCAAGCGAUCAGGGGAACAGAUCUGGAGUGUGUCCAUAUUCUUGCUCUUCUUCCUCCUUCUGUAUGGAAUUCUGGGAGUUCAGAUGUUCGGAACGUUCAAUCAUCACUGUGUUACCAACGACACAACGAAUGGUACUGUGACAUGGAACAGCCUGGCCAUCCCCGACACCCACUGUUCGCCAGACGGGGAGGGAUACCUGUGUCCUUUGGGCUUUAAGUGUGUGGACUUGGAAGAACUGGGGCUCAGCAGACAGGAGCUGGGCUACAGCGGCUUCAACGAGCUCGGUACCAGUAUCUUCACCGUGUACGAGGCAGCCUCUCAGGAGGGCUGGGUGUUCCUUAUGUACAGAGCCAUCGACAGUUUCCCUCGCUGGCGCUCCUACUUCUACUUCAUCACGCUCAUCUUCUUCCUCGCCUGGCUUGUCAAGAAUGUUUUCAUUGCGGUCAUCAUUGAAACGUUUGCUGAGAUCAGAGUUCAGUUCCAGCAGAUGUGGGGGUCCCGAAGCAGCACCACCUCUACUGCUACCACACAGAUGUUCCACGAGGACUCGGCUGGAGGAUGGCAGCUUGUUGCUGUGGACGUCAACAAACCACAUGGCCGCGCACCAGCCUGCCUCCAGCAACUGAUGCGCUCCUCUAUCUUCCACAUGUUCAUUCUGACUAUGGUUGCCGUAGACGUAAUCGUUGCCGCUAGCAACUACUACAAGGGCGAGAACCACCAAAGGCACUAUGACGAGUUCUACCUGGCUGAGGUUGCCUUUACAGUGCUGUUUGACCUGGAGGCUAUGCUUAAGGUCUGGUGCCUGGGCUUCACAGGCUACAUCAUCUCCUCUCUGCACAAGUUUGAGUUGCUGCUGGUGGUGGGGACCACCCUGCACAUCUACCCUGACCUCUACCACUCCCAGUUCACCUACUUCCAGGUACUGCGAGUGGUGCGUCUGAUAAAGAUCUCCCCGGCACUAGAGGACUUUGUGUACAAGAUAUUUGGUCCCGGUAAGAAGCUGGGCAGCUUGGUGGUGUUCACAGCGAGCCUGCUCAUAGUCAUGUCAGCCAUCAGUCUACAGAUGUUCUGCUUCGUGGAGGAACUGGACCGAUUUACCACCUUUCCCAGAGCAUUCAUGUCUAUGUUCCAGAUCUUAACCCAGGAGGGUUGGGUGGAUGUGAUGGACCAAACUCUUGUGGCUGUUGGUCAAAUGUGGGCUCCUGUAGUGGCUAUCUACUUCAUCCUCUACCAUCUGUUCGCUACUCUGAUUCUGCUCAGUCUUUUCGUGGCUGUCAUCCUUGAUAAUCUAGAGUUGGAUGAAGACUUGAAGAAACUCAAACAACUGAAGCAAAGUGAGGCGAACGCAGAUACCAAAGAGAAGCUGCCCCUACGUCUAAGGAUCUUUGAGAAGUUUCCUAAUCGGCCCCAGAUGGUCAAGAUCUCCAAGCUGCCUUCUGAUUUCACUGUGCCCAGAAUCAGGGAGAGUUUCAUGAAGCAGUUCAUCGAUCGGCAGCAGCAGGACACCAGCUGUCUGUUCCGCCGCCUUCCUUCUGCAUCCUCCUCUUCCUGUGACCAUUCCAAGCGAUCCGCCAUAGAAGACAACAAAUACAUCGACCAGAAGCUCCGCAGGUCAAUAUUCAGCAUCAGAGCUCGCAACCUCCUGGAGAAGGAAACUACUAUCAACAAAAUCCUCCGGGCUUGUACCAGACAGCGUAUGCUGAGUGGAUCCUUUGAGGGCCAACCACUGAAAGAGCGCUCCAUCCUCAGUGUCCAACACCAUAUACGCCAAGAACGCAGGUCUCUGAGACAUGGCUCCACUAGUCAGAGGAUCAGCAGAGGAAAGUCCCUGGAGACACUCACACAAGAUCAUUCCAGUACAGUGCGUUAUCGUAACGCCCAGCGAGAAGAUAGUGAGAUCAAGAUGAUCCAGGAGAAGAAGGAGCAGGCCGAGAUGAAGCGCAAGGUCCAGGAAGAGGAACUGAGGGAGAACCAUCCUUACUUUGACAAACCUCUCUUCAUUGUGGGGAGAGAGCACCGCUUCAGAAACUUCUGUAGGACUGUAGUGCGGGCACGCUUCAAUGCAUCCAAAACAGAUCCGAUAACAGGAGCGGUGAACUCCAAAUACCACCAGCUUUAUGAUCUCCUGGGGCUGGUCACCUAUCUGGACUGGGUGAUGAUCGUAGUGACCAUCUGCUCCUGUAUCUCCAUGAUGUUUGAGUCUCCUUUCACCAGGGUCAUGCAUGUACCCACUCUACAGAUAGGAGAGUAUGUCUUCGUCAUCUUCAUGAGUAUCGAGCUGAACCUGAAGAUCAUGGCGGACGGCCUGUUCUUUACUCCUACAGCCGUCAUCAGAGACUUUGGAGGAGUCAUGGACAUCUUCAUCUACCUCUGUAGUCUGAUCUUCCUGUGUUGGCUGCCUCCUAACGUGCCUCCGGAGUCUGGGGCUCAGCUGCUGAUGAUGCUGAGGUGUCUUCGCCCCCUUCGCAUCUUUAAACUGGUGCCCCAGAUGAGGAAGGUGGUGCGGGAGGUCAUCAAGGGUUUCAAGGAGAUUUUCCUGGUCUCCAUCCUGCUCCUGACACUAAUGCUGGUGUUUGCAAGCUUCGGCGUCCAGCUCUUUGCUGGAAAACUAGCCAAGUGCAAUGACCCCCACGUAUUCCUUCGGGAGGACUGCCAUGGAAUCUUCCGGAUCAACGUGAGUGUGUCUAAAAACCUCAAUCUCAAACUAAGACCAGGAGAGAAGAAGCCUGGCUUCUGGGUGCCAAGAGUGUGGGCCAACCCUCGCAACUUUAAUUUUGACAAUGUGGGUAAUGCCAUGCUGGCUUUGUUUGAGGUCCUGUCACUCAAAGGCUGGGUGGAGGUCCGUGAUGUCAUCAUUCACCGCGUCGGACCGAUACAUGGUAUCUACAUCCACGUGUUUGUUUUUCUGGGCUGUAUGAUUGGACUCACUCUGUUUGUCGGAGUGGUCAUCGCUAACUUCAAUGAGAACAAGGGUACUGCUCUGCUGACAGUGGACCAGAGGAGGUGGGAGGACCUGAAGAGUCGACUGAAGAUUGCCCAGCCUCUCCACCUCCCCCCACGCCCAGAGAAUGCAGGGUUCCGUGCCAAGAUGUAUGACAUCACUCAGCACCCCUUCUUCAAACGGGGUAUCGCUGUGCUGGUUUUGGCCCAGUCAGUGCUGCUGUCUGUCAAGUGGGAUGUAGAUGACCCAGUAACAAUGCCACUUGCUACCAUGUCAGUGGUCUUCACCAUUAUCUUUGUGUUAGAGGUGACGAUGAAGUUCAUAGCUAUGUCCCCGGCGGGGUACUGGCAGAGCAGACGGAACCGCUAUGAUUUACUGGUGACAAUACUGGGAGUCAUCUGGAUAGUCUUGCACUUUGCUCUACUGAAUGCAUAUACUUACAUGAUGGGCACGUGUGUGAUCGUCUUCAGGUUCUUCACCAUCUGUGGGAAGCAUGUGACUCUGAAGAUGCUACUGCUGACAGUCGUGGUCAGUAUGUAUAAAAGCUUCUUCAUCAUCGUGGGAAUGUUCCUUCUCCUCCUCUGCUACGCCUUCGCUGGAGUCGUCCUAUUCGGAACCGUUAAAUACGGAGAGAACAUCAACAGGCAUGCUAACUUCUCCACGGCAGGGAAGGCCAUCACGGUUCUGUUCCGUAUUGUCACGGGGGAAGACUGGAAUAAGAUCAUGCAUGACUGCAUGGUGCAGCCUCCGUUCUGUACCCCCGAUAAACAUCGCUACUGGGAGACGGACUGUGGGAACUACGCAGGGGCACUCAUCUACUUUUGCUCCUUCUAUGUCAUCAUUGCUUACAUCAUGCUUAACCUCCUCGUGGCCAUCAUUGUGGAGAACUUCUCUCUCUUCUACUCCACUGAGGAGGACCAGCUACUGAGCUACAACGACCUCCGACACUUUCAGAUUAUCUGGAACAAUGUGGAUGACAAGAGAGAGGGAGUGAUCCCAACAUCGCGGGUGAAGUUCCUGCUGCGUCUGCUGAGGGGCAGGCUAGAGGUAGACCUGGAUAAGGACAAGCUGCUAUUCAAACACAUGUGCUAUGAGAUGGAGAGGCUGCACAACGGAGGGGACGUCACCUUCCACGACGUGCUCAGUAUGUUGUCAUACCGUUCAGUGGAUAUCAGGAAGUCUCUACAGCUGGAGGAGCUGCUGGCUAGAGAGCAGCUGGAGUACACCAUAGAAGAAGAGGUGGCCAAGCAGACCAUACGCAUGUGGCUCAAGAAGUGCCUCAAACGCAUCCGUGCUAAGCAGCAGCAGUCGUGCAGCAUCAUCCACAGCCUGAGAGAGAGCCAGCAGCAGGAGCUCAGUCGCUUCCUCAACCCCCCCAGCAUACAGACCACCCUGCCUAGUGAGGACAUCAACGCUAACCAGGACCAUUCAACACAGCCAGAGUUGAGUGGUCUCCAACAGCUGCUGAGUCCUACUCUGUCAGACCGUGGGGGAUACAGACAGGACUCCUCAGAACGCCCUCAGAGGAAACUGGGACAGUGGAGACUACCUGCAGGUCGUACCAGUGUCAAGUCCAUGGUGUGUAAGAUGAACCCUGUGAGUGACGAAGCCUCCUCGGGGUCGGAGGUCAAGAAAUGGUGGACGCGUCAGCUGACCGUUGAGAGUGACGAGAGUGGUGAUGACCUCAUAGAUAUUUAAAAAUUCAACCACACUCACAUAUUGAACGAGAACUAGGAUAGACAACUAUAGCUCUGAGCGCUCAGUGUCAACACAGUACUCUGGUGGUUGAAAUGUUUCUUGAAACGUUCUUUCAAGGGUUUUUCAAGCAUAUCCCAUUCAUACUUGACUGAUUGGGGAAGUGACAGCGUGGACAUCCUCCUCGCAAGUCUCUCCAUCAGCAGCCAUCUUACAUCUGUGGGACGUUAUGAUCAGUUUUUUCUCAAAAUGGUGGCUUGUGGACACAGGAAAUUUUCUCUUGGUUUGCAGUUAAGGCCAUUUCAAGAACCUUGAUUCUUAGAAACAACGCUUUAGCUGUUUGGUUUAAAGACUCUAUAUGAAUGUACAAAGCCAAUCCCAUGAUACCAUUAAUUCCUAUGUGAAGACUCAAUAGCCCAUUUGAAGCCAAAAAAGUCAGUUAAGAUGGCGUCUAUAGAAUACAUAACAUACGCAGUAUGAGCUACUCCAGGAAGUGACAUUGCAGGCUAGCUCAGUGCUUCCCCAUCUCAUUGAGUAUCAAAGGUUAAAGUCCGACCGGGAUACUGCAGGCUGCAAUUUGCAACUAAAACGAGGCAACAAUAAACAAGUCAUCCCCCUUGGGCCAAUCCGUGUAAUUUUGUAAGUGAUGGAUCUGUAUGGCAAGACUCAUCAUUCACCCAGGUUUCAUCAAAAUCGGGCAAGUGGUAUCUGAGAUUUUGUGUGUGACUCAUGCACGUACAGUUGAUUACUACAGUGCACCCUUUGGCCAAUCAGUGUAAUUUUGGAAAUGGCGGAUCUAUGUAGCAAGAUGCAUCAUUCACCCAAGUUUAGUCAAACUCGGGCCAGUGGUGUCUGAUAAAUCGUGUGGGUAAGCUAGACUCAUAUCCCUGAGCAUGGGUACCAAAUUUAAUCACUUAGUCAAACAGAUCAAGAGAUUUAAACAUGUACCUGUUAUUGCGCCACUGUGUAGUCGAUAUGAUUGUUCUUGCAUAUGUUGAGUUUAAACAGUGUUUGCAACAUAUGUACCAAAUAUUGUUACAAUACGGAUACCCUUAACUGAUUUAAAUGCAUUUAUGUGCCAGACCAUGCCCAUGAAUGUUUAUUGGUCAAUAGCGGCCACGUUGUUUUAGGUACUAGUCUGGAAAGGAAUGCGUUGAGGGACCUUUUCCCAAUGAUGCCACAUAUCAAGUUUUGUGCAGAUCGGUCAUUCGGUGCCAGAGGAGUAGCGUUUUAAGGUCAAGUUUUGUGCAGAUCUGUCAUUCGGUGCCUGAGGAGUAGCGUUUUAAGGUCAAGUUUUGUGCAGAUCGGUCAUUCGGUGCCAGAGGAGUAGCGUUUUAAGGUCAAGUUUCGUGCAGAUCGGUCAUUGGGUGCCUGAGGAGUAGCGUUUUAAGGUCAUGUUUCAUGCAGAUCGGUCAUUCGGUGCCUGAGGAGUAGCGUUUUGAGGUCAUGUUUUGUGCAGAUCGGUCAUUCAGUGCCAGAGGAGUAGCGUUUUAAGGUCAAGUUUCGUGCAGAUCGGUCAUUGGGUGCCUGAGGAGUAGCGUUUUAAGGUCAUGUUUCAUGCAGAUCGGUCAUUCGGUGCCUGAGGAGUAGCGUUUUGAGGUCAUGUUUUGUGCAGAUCGGUCAUUCAGUGCCAGAGGAGUAGCGUUUUAAGGUCAAGUUUCGUGCAGAUCGGUCAUUGGGUGCCUGAGGAGUAGCGUUUUAAGGUCAUGUUUCAUGCAGAUCGGUCAUUCGGUGCCUGAGGAGUAGCGUUUUGAGGUCAUGUUUUGUGCAGAUCGGUCAUUCGGUGCCUGAGGAGUAGCGUUUUAAGGUCAAGUUUUGUGCAGAUCGGUCAUUCGGUGCCAGAGGAGUAGCGUUUUAAGGUCAAGUUUUGUGCAGAUCGGUCAUUCGGUGCUGGAGGAGUAGCGUUUUAAGGUCAAGUUUUGUGCAGAUCGGUCAUUCGGUGCUGGAGGAGUAGCGUUUUAAGGUCAAGUUUUGUGCAGAUCGGUCAUUCGGUGCUGGAGGAGUAGCGUUUUAAGGUCAAGUUUUGUGCAGAUCGGUCAUUCGGUGCUGGAGGAGUAGCGUUUUAAGGUCAAGUUUUGUGCAGAUCGGUCAUUCGGUGCCAGAGGAGUAGCGUUUUAAGGUCAAGUUUUGUGCAGAUCGGUCAUUCGGUGCUGGAGGAGUAGCGUUUUAAGGUCAAGUUUUGUGCAGAUCGGUCAUUCGGUGCUGGAGGAGUAGUGUUUUAAGGUCAAGUUUUGUGCAGAUCGGUCAUUCGGUGCUGAAGGAGUAGUGUUUUAAUUUUUUUUCUCACAAAAUUCUAAAUUGAGGAAAAUCCAUCAUGGCAGACCUUAUGGCUCCCUGAGGCAAAUUUUUUCCUUUUGAGGAGAGGGACCUAAUUUUUGUCCCGAAUUUCAUGACUUUAGGUCAAAUGGGGUUAGUGGUGUGACCAUUCAAAGAUUGCAUUUUCAAUUGCUUGCUAUAGCGCCACCAUCUGGCCAAUCAGUGUAAUUUUGUAAAUGACUGAUCUCUAUGGCAAGACGCAUCAUUCAAUAAGUUUUGUCCAAAUCUGGCCAGUGCUGUUUGAGAUAUUGCAUGUAACAAACAUACUAACAGACGGAGACAGAUCCAGAGUCCCCCCUCCCCUUCCCGAUUUCAUCGUGGGGGUCAUUUGGCCUUAUAACUUCUUCUGUGUCCGAUUUUAAAACAAUUGGUUCAAGGACACAAAUCUUGUGUAAGCAAUUAUUGGUACCAUGAUUGUCUUCACAAAGAUUGCCCUUUUCCCAUUCACUGUAAGUGGAGAUCCUGUUUUCUGCAAACAAUGCCUGCAGUAUCGCGGUCGACCUUGAACUUUGUGGCUUCAAUGAGAGGGGGCAGUCGUUCUCCCCUGGUUUGGUGGCUCACAAGCACAUCAAAAAGGGUCAAUGCCUCAAUGCAGAGUUUUGGAACCACUGAUUUUAGAGUCCCAUUGACAUCUGUACUUUUCCAUGUUGAUGUUUUUCUAUGCAGGAAGUUUUUAUAGUGUCCAUUAAACAGAACCUCUAUGUGGUACCCUGUCACGACAACCUUUGAUUAGCAUCACUGUCCUUUUAGUUGUGAAUGUCAGGGAGUGUUUAUCGGGAAAUGCAAAAUGAGAGUCAUAUAAAUGAUCAAGUCUACUAGCUACAGGACAUUGUGUCAUCUUGCUAUUAUAUCGUUUUAGGAGAUUAUUUUAUUACAAUAUAGCUAUACAAUACCACACCAAAACAAUGGAUACAUAUUCAUUGUAUGUUGUUGCUGUAACUUUAAAUUAUGAAAUAUGAUGAUUGAAAUGCUUGAACUUUAUAGCUAUAGUUCCGUGUGAUUCCCCUGUUGUCUUUGUUAAUUGUGCCUGUGUCUCUCCCAGUCUCCAGUGUUUCAUUGUACACUUACUGUGAGUUUGCUUAUAACCACUUAAUUCUAUUCGAAUCUAGGUUUCUUGUUCUGUAGUAGAACAACCCAAAGGAAAAUAGUUAUAAUUAAAGGGUGAAAGGACAUAUGUUGGUACAUGACUGUGAAUGUUCUUUCAGAUUAAAUUAAUUUAUGUGUGGAAUUGUGUGGGCAAAAAUAUCAGAUAUAUUUUAUAAACUAUAGCAUAUAAAUCCAUUUUGGUUUGUUUGUACAAUAUUGCAUAAUUUCAAAUAAAGGCCUUUUGGCACCAACAGUGAGGCUCCAAAAGUAUUUGGACAGUGACAUUUUUUGUUGUUGUUUUGGCUCUGUACUCCAGCACUUUGGAUUUGAAAUGAUACAAAUAAUUUCAUCCAUAUCGGGUGAACCGUUUAGAAAUUACUCCACUUUAUGUACAUAGAAAAGGGGGAUACCUAGUCAGUUGUACAACUGAAUGCAUUCAACUAAAAUGUGUUUUUCGCAUUUAACCCAACCCCUUUGAAUCAGAGAGGUGCGGGGGGGCUACCUUAAUCGACAUCCACGCCAUUGGCGCCCGGGGAAUAGUGGGUUGACUGCCUUGCUCAGGGGCAGAAUGACAUAUUUUUACCUUGUCAGCUCGGGGGAUUCGAUCCAGCAACCUUUCGGUUACUGGCCCAACGUUCUUACCCGCCAAAAAUGAAUGGUAAAUAAUGUAUUGUGUCAUUUUGGAAAUAAUAUACAAAUAAUCAUUAUUUGUCAAUAAUAAUAGAAUAUGUGAAUGCUACCAUGAUUACUGAUAAUCCUGAAUGAAUUGUGAAUAAUGAUGAGUGAGAAAGUUAGACUCUCAAAUAUCAUACCCCCAAUAUUUUUUGGGGGGGUAUGAUAUUUGUGCUUCUGUUGCUUUCUCUAACAUCAUUAUUCACGAUUAAUUCAGGAUCAUCUAUAAUCAUGGUAGCAUUCACGUUAAUGUAGAAGUGUAGAAACAUAUUCUAUACCUGUAACUCCAAAAUGACACUACAUAUUUACCUUUAAUUUCUAUUGGGCACAAAAUAAUAUGAAACCGGUGCUAGGAAUAUAGGACAAAAUACUGAACUUUUCACUACUUUAAUACAGAUAUGUGAUUUUGUCCCAAUACUUUUGGUUCCCUAAAAUGGGAGGAAUAUGCACAAAAAGUGUUGUAAUUUCUAAACUGCUAACCCAAUAUGGAUGAAAAUACCCUAAAAUUAAAGCUGACAUUCUGCAUUUUGUAUAAUUUAAAAUCCAAAGUAGUAGGUGCCAAGCUCACCGGUUUGAGUGUGUCAAGAACUGCAACGCUGCUGGGUUUUUCACACUCAACAGUUUCAGGGUGUAUCAAGAAUAGUCCACCACCCAAAGGACAUCCAGCCAAUUCGACAGAACUGUGGGAAGCAUUGGAGUCACAAUGGGCCAGCAUCCCUGUGGAACGCUUUUGGCACCUUAUAGUCCAUGCCCUGACAAAUUGAGGUUGUUCUGAGGGCAUAAGGGGGUGCAACUCAAUAUUACUGUUUUGUACACUCCGUGCCAUUAUUACCUUCACUUUAUGAAGUAUCUUAUAUUCUUAUAUAAAACAUGAGGAAGGGGGCAGCACUGCCAGGGUAGACAGUAGGUCUUUGUAGAUAGAAUGUGCUAUUUGGUUAAAGGGGUAAAUUGAUCAUCAAAAAGAAAGGAGGAAUAAGGCACUCUUCAUGUAAAUUAAAAUGCCUUUAUUUGUAUGGCAUGUUCAGUGAAAAAUAUUUUUUGUAACUUUUAUUUAUCAGGGGGUCCUGCAGCACCCCUACAUCCCCCGGGUAUGUCUCAUUGUCCAUUUACGCAGCAUGCUCCUAUCAUUGAUAUUGUCUGAGCCUGCCGGCACACGAUGAGCUUUAAAAAUUGUUUUUUUAGCAUGUUUUAAUUCAUCUAAUAAAAUCAAUCAAUCCAUCA